CGGGACGGUGGUGGACAGUCGACAGGCGAAUGAACUUCAUGGCAAGGGCACCGGCACUGGCCAGCUGGGGGCAUUUAUCAGCAAUUAGUGAUAAUAAAAGUUAAUGUUGUUGUGUGUAAAUGCAGCGCUUUAAACACGCGUAGUGCCACGUGUUAGCGCUCUACAAAUCCGACGCUGCAGACAGCGGGUACCUCAGCAGCGAGAUGCCGUGGACAUCACGCUGGGCCGGACCGGCAUCCUGGGCGGCUGCGCCCGGGAUAUCUGCUCCAGGAACGAUUUCUAAGGCAGAAGGAGAAGGACGUGGGCUGUGUAGUAUGCAGAGGAAGGUUCUCUUUAACGUGAUUACUUACAAGUAGUAUUUCCUCAUCAUGGAUGAGCUAUCACCUGAAGAAAUUCAGCUGAGGGCCAACCAGGUCACUGAUGAGUCUUUGGAAAGCACAAGGAGGAUUCUUGGCUUGGCCAUUGAGUCCCAGGAUGUUGGCAUCAAAACUAUUACCAUGCUGGAUGAGCAAGGAGAACAACUAAAUCGUAUAGAAGAAGGCAUGGACCAGAUAAAUAAAGACAUGAGAGAAGCUGAGAAGACACUGACAGAGCUCAACAAAUGUUGUGGGCUCUGUGUCUGUCCUUGUAACAGGACAAAGAACUUUGAGGCCAGCAAAGCAUACAGAGCAACCUGGGGAGAUGGAACAGAAAACUCAGCAGAUCAUGUGAUAUCCAUGCAACCGAGAAGUAUAAAUCGGCAGCAGCCUCAGACUUCUGGAGGACCAAGUGGCGGAUAUAUUACAAGGAUAACCAAUGAUGCCAGAGAAGAUGAAAUGGAUGAAAAUCUUGCUCAAGUUGGAAACAUUCUUGGGAAUUUGAAAAACAUGGCUUUGGAUAUGGGCAAUGAGAUUGAUGCCCAGAAUAAGCAAAUAGACCGGAUAAAUGUAAAGGCUGAUACAAACAGGGAACGCAUUGAGCAAGCAAACAUCAGAGCCAAGAAACUAAUUGAAAAUUAAAGCCUGCUGUCAUUGUUCAAUGACAGCCUCUCCAGCUGCAAGCCACCAUAUUCAUGGAUCUGUGGAACGUCUAUUCUGAAAUCAGAGGGGCGGGGAAAAAUGAAGCAGUACCCCUUCUGUAGGGAUUAGUUUUCUUUUAUUGCUUCAUGUAAACGUGGCCUUGACUCCAAGAAAGCAGCCAACUUCCUUUUACUCAUCUGCCUUCACUUUCUUUAAACUGCUCAGGGCUAAAAGUGUUAGGGCUUUGAGAAUCUUCCUGCAUGUUUUAUUCCUCUUCCCAGUUUCUUUAUAUUAUUUGUUUUGAAAUGUUAUUUUCCUGCACCGAAAAUUCAGUCCUUUAUUUAAGUUGAACAAGCAGGGUAACCUGAAUUCACAGUUGUGGAAAGUUGGAGAGGGCACUUUGCACUGUUUGAAAUACCUCAUAAGUUGAGUGUCUUCACUAAAAUAGGGACUACGUGAACAUUGUCUGAUUUGUAUCUCUAGCAUCUAACCAUAGUUUUACAAUCCAAACCACGAUUGGUUUGGAGUUGAAUUUAUGGAUCACAGAAUUGAAGAGGCCCAUUACUUACCACUUGUGGGUUGAGGGCUUUAAAACACUUCUUAACCACACAAACUUAAAGGUAAUGGUAACCAGAGGGAUAUACAGGUUUCCAUUUCUUUACUGUAGAUUGACAUCGGUUUGGAGGCCAUGACUAAUCAUGCUGCAUUGUUCUGAUAAUAUUUGUUGUGUAUAUCUGAUCUAAACCCCAUGCACACAUGUAGGAGAAGAUAAAGCUGUCUCCCGAGGUAUUUAUUUGAUGGAAAAUUUUACACCCCUUAUCUAAAAGUUAACUUUUAAGUGUUUGAAUGAUGCAUCUGAACUGGAAGAAACUGAGUAGAAAAGCAUACAAUUUUCUUGCAUCCCCUAUCUUUCUCUCUUUUGGCCAGUUUUCACUGGAGUUCAGUUUAUGCCUUUCUCCAGUGCAAAAUAAUGAUUGAGAUCUGGUGCAGAGUUUGCUCUCAGCAGUGACUUUGGGGGUGCUUCUUAAGCCUACCAAAACCAGAGAAGCUUAUUGUAAAACUUUAGUCACAAGUCUGGAGGAAGAAGUAGCUAUUGAUGACCUGUAUGCUAGUUCAAAAUAAACUAGUUCUAAAUAGAUUCCUGACUGGUUUAUUAUUGCAGACUUUGGGACUGGCAAUUGGAAAUAUUACGUAUCCAAGUUGCUUGCAAAUAAAAUGUUUUUCCUCUGUUGCAGAAUAUAGGAGUUUCUGACCAGGUGAGGUAAAGCACUCUCCUGAGAAGAAAAAUAGUUUAGUUUUACUGCAAUAUAAAAAGAUUUUCUUGAAAUCUUGAUAGUAAUUAAGUUUCAAGUGACUUAGAUUGUUUUAGCUCCACCCAGCAAUAUAUUAUGCCUUUUUUUAAAGCUGAAAAUGCUGCUUUGGACUAACCUUUGAUACUCAGUGUUUGGAUGGCAAAAAUCUUCAAACCAAACUGAUUGGAUGAAUAAUUAACACUAAUAGCAUUAUGGGGUGCUUUUUUGAAAGACAGUCCACAACUACCCUGUAGCCACUAAUCUUGAAUCCCAGAGUCAGAGAUGACACUAAUCCACCAAAAUGCAAGACAGUGUUUAAGUGUUCUGUUUUUUUUUUAGUAAAACUACAGUCAGUGUUACCAGUAUCUUUUCAGUUGGCUGCCCGGACAACUUGAUAGUUAAAGCAAAAAGAACCAAAACCAACAACCACACGCACAAAAAAAAAAAAAUAAA